AUGCACUCCGGACUUUUCGCCCGCCUUUUCUUUCUCCCCUCCCGACGCAUCUGUGUGACUUCCUGUCUCCGAAAAAAGGAGAGUAAGUAACUGCAACCAGCCUUCAAUUUUUUGCUAACGCAUUCUUCUUGCAGUCCGCAUCGUGAAAUCUGGCAAGAUAACAACCGUGGAGGGAGUUAAGUGCAAGUCGGAACGCGCAGAUCAUCUUUUAAACAUGGAAGGCCUGGGGGAUCCCCGCAUAACUGACCCUAUUAUUCGGCUUGGUCUAAAGCUUCGACAUACCGUAAGUAGGUCCUGCUACACCUUAGUCUCCCCCUCCCUCCCCCCUCUAGGAUGUUCUUAUAUUGAGCCAGUUCCUUCGCCCCGACGGUACUAUUCUUCCUAGGGAAGUAUCUGGCCUUACUACGGGAUCUCAGCUACGUGUAGAGAUGCUGAUUGAACGCGCACAAAACGCUGGUAAUGUCAAUUGUGCUGCAUAAUAUUGCUAUCUAAAUCAGUUAAGUGACCUAAAAAUUUGAUAUUUCAUUAUUCAAUUCUAGGUCUCCUUCCGCUGUCCAUCGACCCCGAUGGGACACAUCACUACAAGGAGCGUUGUCGGGACAAAAUGAACGUCUACUAUGAUUCCGAUAUCCAAGGACUUCCUAAGUUUUCCAAACUUAUCCCCAGAUACAAACCGCCUACCUGA